UUUGGAACCUGAUUCAAACUUAUCUAUUUCAUUAUGACAAGAAAUAGACAAAUCCUCAAACUCCUUGGAAUAGGGGAGCGUUUUUCGUUUAACUACUGGCGAAAGAUAUCAAAGGGAUGUCAAUUUAUAAGAUUUGGCGGUGAACGAAUGGCUAUUGACAGGAAAGCUGUCAAGCGCAAGAUAAAGCCGUGCGAAAAAGAUCUGUAUGAAAAGUUGAUGGCAGGAGAGAUCAACGAGGAGAGCCUCAGAUACGAUUUUUGUUAUGAUAGAGAUAACCAACUUAUUUUACCUGAUGUCUUAGGUUUAAGUACCUUUACCAAUAGAUAUCUGAUGCCAUCCCAUCUAACAAGGAAACCUGAACGGCUAUGGCAGCUGGACCCCGAGAGUCGUUUUCCAAACGAACUGGAAAUAUUUGUCCCUCAAGACCGUAGCUUUAAAGGAUACAUAAGGAUUAAAAAGGGUACCCAAGUCGAAAAGGACAAAUUAAUCGAGAUGCUUGGGUGCCUUCCUUGGAGGAAAUGCCCUAAACAACUUGUGGAAAACCCACCAAACUGAGACCGUGCUCUUUGAAAGACUUUCACAAGAGUGGUGGCUUUGGAUUUACUAUUUCAAGUUUCUAUCAAAAGAGAAAUGAGCAAUUUCGUGUCCCCUCUUCUUUAUUGUAGUACAAUUAAGUGUAAAAUAUAAUAAAAGAUAUCGAAUUUUUUUUCGUCGCAAGGCUGCUCUAGCUCACCCAUGUUUCAGAAUUCAUAACUGGAUGAAAACGUAGGUAUAUCAAGUAGUCAAAGAACAAAGGCCUCCCCGCCCUUUGUUUUUCAAAAUACAAACUAUGAAGAUACGAUUCCUAUUACACUAUAAAGGAAAAAUAUCAGUUUUUGGGUAACACGUUGUAAUUUUUGUAGGUGUAGUCCUCUGACCCUAUUUCACUCAAAGCAAAUCGUCCAUCGCAUUUAGGUAGAGAAGUAGAGUCCAGUUACAAAUUGUGUAAUAACGAAAUGUGAAA